AUGCUAUUCCAAUCGGGAAUAGCUUUCUGCGCAACUCUUGCGAGUUUGACUUCUUUUGCGACUGCUUUGCCAUCGUCCAGGCAGGCGAAAGACAAGCCGGCCGCGUUCUUCCUGGCUGGAGAUAGUACCACUGCUGUACAAUCAGCUGGUGGAGGAGGAUGGGGCAAUGGCUUCCUCAAUACAGCGCUCUGCAAAAGCGCAACGGGCAAGAACUUCGGCCACAAUGGUGCAACAACCGUAUCCUUCCGUGAGGGCGGUGACUGGGCCGCCGUCCUCGACGCUGCAAAAGCCGCUCUGCCAAACUACACUCCCUACGUGACCAUCCAAUUCGGCCACAACGAUCAAAAGCCAGCCAAGAACAUCUCCAUGGCCCAGCUCACGGCCAACCUCGUCGCUUUCGUCGAAGAAGUCCGCGCCGUACCCGCUACCCCCAUCCUCGUCACCAGUCUAAGUCGGCGCCGCUUCCGCGACACAACGGGCCUUGUGAACGAGAAUCUGGCUGAUGUGACUGCGGCGGCCAAGGAGGCUGCAAAGCAGAGCGGAGCGGAUAUCAUCGACUUGAAUGCGGCGAGUACCAAGUAUCUGAACAGCAUUGGGGCGGAGAAGGCGGCGACGUAUAACUUGGAUGCCGACGACUUUACGCAUUUGAAUGCAGAGGGGAGUGUGGUGUUUGGUAAUAUGGUGGCUAUGCUGCUUGAUGAGGGAGUGGAGGAGGUGAUGCAGUGGGUCAAGCCGGUUAAGACGGUGGUGGAUGCAAUUAAGAAGGGGGAAUACAUCUUUCCAAAGUUAUAA